AUGUCUCUUUUUGGCCGUUGGAGCGAGUUGGCACAGUUCCAGACGGUACGGGCAGUGCGCACCCACUUUGGGGUUGGCGAUGAUCAUUGGGCUUGCUUUACCAGAACGGUUGGAGAUUUUCAAGAUGACCUCCGAGUUCUUGCUGCUUUUCCCCGAACGGGGUUGCUGGCAGGUGUUUCACAGUCACAGUUUCCCGAUGGCACAGGUCUGACUCCGGUCCAGGCAACUCAGAUUGGGCUGGUGUGGCGCUUGGCACGUCGGGUAAUAGCUCAUGGCAGUGGCAUGGAUGAGACAGAAUUCCAGGACAUGGACCCAUGGCAGGAGACAAAUACAACUACGGCAGCGAGGCAAAGCACCCCUUCCUCAGGCGUCAAAGAGAAGGUUCUCAAGAUGUCGACAUUGAUCGACCAGAGCGACGAAUCCGAACUUCUUCCUCCAGGAUCAUCGGAAAUCAGUGCCUGGCUCCAAAAUUACCAUGCGGUGAUGGGGGCAAUGCCUGAAGAAGCCGAAGAACCUAGUCCCAAUCAACUGGCUGCUCUCUCAAAGAGAGUGUUUCGAGAUGACGCUCCACCUUACGUUGACUUCGCGGUGUUUGGACCGUAUGAAAGAAAGUUGACAAAAGUCCAGAAGUGUCGCAUCUACACACCACUGGGGGAUGGCACCUACCUCCAAAGGGAUUUGCCCGGGCCCCCAACCUAUCAAGGAAACGUCAAGCGAAUAGAGACAGAAAACAAGCAAGGAAGAGAAGACUGCAGUCAGACAUGGAAGAACUUCGAAAGCUUCGUCAAGGGGGUUCACAUCACCAAGGUCAAAGCAGUGGACAUGGAGGCAAAGCUUCUGGCGGCAAAGGGAAGUCCAAGUCCAAGGACCAAGCUGGAACGCCCCUUUGUUUUUCGUGGGCAUCAGGAUCGGGAGUUUGCGGUGACCUUCCACCUGGUUCAGAGUGCAAGGGCCCUGUGA